GAUCGUACACUAGAAUCUAUUAGUUUUUAUAGACUAAUGUAAACUAGAUCCUGUUCUACAUACUCCAGUGCGCCUCUGGUACGGUAGGUGUCGGUACGCAUCCAAAAAAUUACAAUCAACUAAAGUACGAAAGGAAGAAGAAGAAGCAGAAGCAGAAGCAGAAGAAGAAGAAGAAGAAGAAGAGGAAAUUUUCCUGAAUAAAUUUUUGCAUGUACUAUUUCAGUACCACAACUAACCGUAGUUGAGCACAGUGGACAAACAGGAUGGAAGAUACUUCAAUUGGAAAUAGUGCUCCUCUUCCCCUCUCUGCUCUGCGACUCCUCGUCCCACCAAUUCGACUGGUCUCGGCAGUGAUCUGGCGGACCGUCCAGCAGAAAGUUGUGGCUGAUUAUGGGAUGCUUGAGGAGUUUGUUUCCAUGGUUACAUACAUUGUGCCAGAGCUUCUCACCACUCACCAGAGGGCCCAACUUAUCCUGGGCCUCAGAGCACGGCUCAUUCUGGAGUUAUGUCAGUUUGAAGCCACUGCAGACUUUGAGCUUGUUCAACCACACAUGGACAGAGUGCAAGUGCUCAUUGAGGAAUGGGUAAUGGAGGUUGGUGCUGCAAAUAUGGAGGUGCCCCACUCCGAAUUUGUGGAUCUAGUUAAGAACUUGCUGAAAAAUCCUGAUGAGAGGGAACACUUUUUUCAGAACAUUUUCCCUGAAGAGUUUGGUCCUUCAUAUGAUGAAGCACUUUGCACCUUGAUGUGGAUGUUUCUCUCCAGACUUGAAAAGUUCUUUCCUCUUCAAACCUUCCAGCAGGUUGCCUCUAUGCUGGGUGAGGGGCCCUCAGCUCUGGAGGAAUGUUUGGGCUCUGUGUCUCAAAGCGAGGAGCUCCAAACCCUGCUGCGCUAUCAAAAAGACCUCGCUCAACUUGAUCACAAUGAUGGUUCCUUGGAUGGUGCCUGCAUUAUUUCAGCUCUCAAACUUCCCUCUGUAGAAAGAACUGAGACAGACAAAACACGACCACAAGCCAACAUCUCGACUACUGCGCUGUCAUGUACAUCAGAUUUGGACAAUGAAUCUUUAUCAUUGCCUCAUACAACACAAGUAAAAACAGACACAGAAGACCGGACGGGCGGUAUAAAGGUUGAUGAAACUGAUUGGACUGCGUCACAUCGUCUAAAACAAUGCCGUGUUCAGCUGAAAAGACUGGACGUGCCGCUGUCUUUGCGACCUGUGAGACAAAACAGAGGCCUGAGGCUGAAAAAGAUUCUGAUGGAAGAGAAGAGAGGUGCUCGUGAAGAGGCACUCUCUGCCUACAGGUCAGCUCCUAGGAAAAGUAAACUGUCCAGUAGUGCACUUUCAGAGGCCUCUGACACUGGAGAUUCAAGCAGCUUCAUCAAAGACUCAUACAUGGCUCCUAUCAAUGAUUGCAGUGAAGACGACUCAUGGUCCUACUACUCAGAUGAGGACUCCUGCCAUAAGACUGCUAGUGGUAGUCCCAGUGAGGCUGAUUCAUGGUCCAACUACUCAGAUGAGGAGUGUUCUGCUGUGACGCCUCUCAGGAGUCUAAAUGAAGAUGAUUCAUUGUCUAGCUGCUCCGAUGAGGACCCUUCCUUCACGAGUCCGAAAAAUGUACUGGCCACCAGCAGAAAGCGAGGCAUCGCCGACAUCAAAGCUAGCAAUCAGAAAAAGACUCGGAUUGUCCAAUGCUUUAUCUGUAAGGAGCACGUGCAUACAAGCCUGAGAGCUCACAUGAAAACUCACUUUCCCACCGGUGACUACGCCUGCCCUCGAUGCGACAGCAGGUUUAAACUCUUCUCAUCUUUUAAGCUACACUUGAACAGAACCUGCUUUGAGUACGUUCAGCAGCAGGCCGAUCCGGAGAGGCCGAACGAAGCUCAAAACCUUUACAAGUGUGACAAAUGCGAAGAGGCGUUCAGGUACAAAGUUUCACUGGACAGGCACAAACUGACCCACAACGAACUCUACUGCAGUGUGUGUAGGAAGGUGUUACGAGACGCGGCAACGUUGGCAAGGCACAAAGCUUCUCACACCCUGUUUCAGUGUAACCGCUGUGAGGAGACCUUCACCCUUUUUAAGCCCUUGCUCAAGCAUUGCGAAAACAUCCAUAAAAUCAGCAGGCCGUUUAAAUGCAACCACUGUCCCAAAACGUUAUCCAAGCUGCGCAUCUUGAUCGCACACGAGUGGAAACAUACGGGCCAUCUGCCGUUCCAGUGCGCUCGGUGCGGCUUGAGAUUCAAAACCGACGGAGAUCUUAUUUCCCACGAAAGAGUCCACACGAGAGAGAAACCCUACCUGUGCGCAGAGUGUGGCAAGACUUUCUCCCAGAAGUCUAACCUGCUGCGGCACUUGAAUUUCAUCCACAGCGAGUCUCGAAAUGAGAAGAGGCAUUCUUGCUCCGAGUGUGGGAAAUCCUUCAAAGAGAAAGGGGCCCUGAAAAAACACCAGCGGAGCAAACACUUACAUGAAUUGUUCCGUCAUCCGUGCCCAUACUGUGGAAAGAUGGUCUCUGCAUCAACCAUCGCUAGACAUAAAUUAAUCCAUACAGGAGAGAGACCUUUCAAAUGCACCGUGCCUGAGUGUGACAAGGACUUCAGGUCAACCGCUGAAGUGAAGAGGCACUUCCUAAUGCACCAUACUACAGAGAGGCCAUAUAAAUGUGAUGUCUGUGGGAAGGGCUUUAUAAAAAUGUGUUUCCUCAAUGCGCAUGCUAAAAUACACUCAGGAAAGAAACCAUUUGUUUGCCAUUUCUGUGGCAAGGCUUUCCCCAAGCUCUACAGCAUGCAAAGACACAAAAAACUUGUGCAUACGUUUGUAACCCAGUAACCCCACGUGGCAGGAGUGCUCGGUUAAACAGCGCUGUGCCAAAAUCAAGCAGAGAAUCACUUUGCAACUCACAGGAACAGGCCUGUGUACACAACAGUGGGGUGAAGAAGUGAUGUUUGCUAAAAGCUUUAUCAAACAAAUUCACUGUAGUGUUCAGAGAAAACAUCCACAGAGUUUGCUUUAAAAGAGUCCUCAAUCAGUUUAGCUCCUAUAACAGUUAUGAUACUGAACGCAUGAAUAGGCUUUCACAUUCAGCACAACAGCAUAGGGUGAUAAAAUGUUAGUGCUGUGUAAUUAACUUGUUACGCUGCCCCCAAGUGGCCAAAAACAUCAGUAAAUGCAGCUUUAGAGAUCUGCAUUUUUUAAAACCGGCCUUUCUGAGUGUUGUCGCAGUGUAAUGCUAAAUCGAUACAGUACUCUUUUAAGCAUUAUAUCAGUCAAAUCUGAUCCUGUCACAGAAUAUGUGUAUCACUCACUACAGUUUGUUCAAUCUCUGUUUCCUGUUUUUGACUGGAAUUUGUUGUCUUUGCCAGCGAUCGCUGGAAAAAGUGAAAACGAAAAAUAGAAAGUACGUGGCUUUCCUCCAGAUCUGCGCCGCAAAAAGCUGUCUUAAAAAACAGAGUGUCUGUAUUUUAUGUUUGAAGUUAAUUUCUAACAGUUUGAUUUGCUUCAACAUUAAAGCAUUUUGAUCUGAUGAUCUGAGUAAAAAAAUGUACAUGAAUCCACAAUGUUGUAAAACAAACACAAAAAAUUGAAAAAGCCCAAUGGUGGAGAACUUUAACAGCCAGUGUAGGCAUUUAUGUUCAUAUGAGGAUGAAUUGGAACAGAGUUUGGUCAUAUUCUUGGGAAAUGUCUUUCAACUUAAUGGCAUUACAUAAAAAAAAAUUCUGUUUAAAAUAAAUCAUGCAGUAUUAUUUCUUCUUCGAGACAUAGAUAAAUUA